AGGAGGAGGAGGAGGAGGAGCGCUCCGUUAGAACGGAAACACACACACACACACACAAACACAAACGUAGACACACGCGCACAGAGGCAGCUGACUCAGUCACGUGACUCCUGCUUGAUCAACAUGGCUGCAGCAGAAGGAAAGGGAGUGUACUGGUUGGGGAAGGACACUCUCAGGGUGUCGGCCGCGCUGUUCAAAGAGAACCGUCGUCGUCUUUGUGCAGCUCUGAAGGCCAAAGAUGGUCUGCAGCCCAAAUCCGUGGUUCUGCUGCAGGGAGGAGAGCAGAAACAGAGAUACUGCACCGACACGGACGUGCUCUUCAGACAGGAGUCGUUCUUCCACUGGGCGUUCGGCGUGACCGAGGCUGACUGCUAUGGCGCCAUCGACGUCGACUCAGGCAGGUCCAUCCUCUUCGUGCCUAAACUUCCUGAAAGCUACGCCACCUGGAUGGGAAAGAUCCACCCUCCUCAGCACUUUAAGGAGAAGUACACAGUGGAUGAAGUGCAAUUCACCUCCGAUAUCGCUGACAUCCUGAACAACAUGAAACCAUCUGUCAUCCUCACGCUGCGAGGCCUAAACACCGACAGCGGCAGUAUUUGCCGUGAAGCAUCCUUUGAAGGAAUCAGCCGCUUCCAAGUGAACAACUCGCUCCUGCACCCUGUUAUCGUGGAAUGUCGUCUGACUAAGACCGAUAUGGAGUUGGAGGUUCUGCGCUACACUAACCGCAUUUCCAGUGAUGCUCACAAAGAGAUAAUGAAGCACAUCAAGCCCGGCCAAAAAGAAUACGAAAUGGAAAGUCUGUUUCAGCACUACUGCUACUCUCAUGGAGGGAUGCGUCACACCUCAUACACCUGCAUCUGUGGAAGCGGCACAAACUCGUCCAUUCUGCACUACGGUCACGCUGGAGCUCCUAAUGACAAAACCAUCCAGGAUGGAGACAUGUGUCUGUUCGAUAUGGGUGGAGAGUAUUACUGCUACUCCUCCGACAUCACCUGCUCCUUCCCGGCCAACGGCAAGUUCACUCCUGACCAGAAAGCCAUUUACGAAGCCGUGCUCAAGUCCUCCCGCGCCGUCAUGGCUGCCAUCAAACCAGGUGCGAAGUGGACUGAAAUGCACCGUCUGGCUGACCGGGUUCACCUGGAGGAGCUGGUUAAGAUCGGGAUCCUGCGUGGGAAUGUGGAGGACAUGCUGAAGGUCCACCUGGGUUCAGUGUUCAUGCCACAUGGACUGGGCCAUCUGCUGGGCAUCGACGUGCACGACGUCGGAGGAUAUCCAGAGGGAGUGGAGCGCGUCGACGAGCCGGGACUCAAGAGUCUGCGCAUGGGGCGUGUGGUGCAGGAGCGCAUGGUGCUCACCGUCGAGCCCGGCAUCUACUUCAUCCAGCACCUGCUGGAUCAGGCGCUGGCUUCACCGCAACAGUGCGGCUUUAUCAACGCAGACGUGCUCGCUCGCUUCCGAAACUUCGGAGGGGUGCGUAUCGAGGACAACAUCGCGGUGACGGCGAGCGGUAUGGAGCUUCUCACCUGCGUCCCGCGCACCGUGGAAGAGAUCGAGGCCUUCAUGGCAGACAAAAGCGAGAAAUCCUUCAGUUGCCUGAAAGAAUAAAGCAUCAUCACGAUUAUAUGAAAAAAUGCUCACAAUACGGAUCAUCUCCUUAGCUUAAUGAUCUCCUCAUUUAUUGAUGAAGUUUGCUUCUAUAACAGAUGUGCAUGUCAGUGUCUCAGAUCAUACGCUCUCUGAUUUAGUUGCUUUUUAUUCAAAAUUUGUAAUAUAAAUUUCACCUGAAUUUUGACCUGAACAGCAUAUUCUGUAUAAUGUGAUUAUUUUUUUUAAAUAUAUUUUUGAAAAACGGUUCUCUGAUGAAAAAGGAAAAAUUACGACACCAGCUUAUAUCAUGAAAAUGUACAUGUACAUCCUUAAAACUAACAACUUGUUAUUAAUCCUUAUGUCUUACUGUAUCAGACGCUCAGUUAUUGUCCUGAUGCACAUGUAAACUCAGUUAUUGCAUGAAUAAAUUUCUCCAGCAUCUUCA